UCAUUGGAGGCAUUUUGCGUGAAAAGAAUUGCUUAGAUGGUUGGAAGAAGGUGCAUAAAGGCAUUGAUUCGUACUUAAGGAGGAGCGAAAGCAGUGAAAGAUAUCAAGCAAUAGAUCAAGAAUUGACCUUAAUUUAUGAUGACUUGCCUUAUCAUUUGAAACCAUGCUUUCUUUAUACGUGCCAUUAUCCAGAAGAUAAAAUGAUACAAGCAGAAGAAUUGUGUUUGUGUUGUGUUGGAUGGCAGAAGGCAUAGUUUCAUCAAGGGAUCAAGGAAAAGAAGAAGCACUGAUGGAUGUAGCAGAACGCUACUUCAAUGAACUGGCGAGCAGAUCUUUGGUGCAGGUGCAAGCGGAUGAACAGUUUUCAGGAUCAAUGCAAUUUUGCCGCCUACAUGACCUUAUGCGAGAGCUAUGUCCGGCAAAGAGUGAAGAAGAAGAGUUCUUCCAGAUGAUGUCUCUUCGAGAUGGAAAACCACAUUCACAGAGGCCUCAUUCUUUCAAUUCUAAUACUCCGCGAAGAUUGGUGAUUUACAAGGAUCAUUCAUUUGAUUAUAAUGUCAUACAGGAAUCUGCUCAACAACUUCGAUCCCUUCUGUUAUUCAGCUCUCACUGGGUAGAUGAUCUUUUGUUACCAAGUGAGUAGAUGAAACUAAAGUUUCUUAAGAGUUCUUUACCUUUUCAGGUGUCCGUUUCAAUGAACUACCUCAACGUUUUGGUAGCUUGCUCCAUUUGAGGUUUCUAUGCAUAAAAGACUGUGGAGUGAAAGAGUUGCCAUCAUCCAUCUGCGACUUGCCAUUCUUACGGACCCGUGAUCUUAGAGAUGAUAUAACCAAUGAGGGUGACUGUGCAUUACCCAAUGCUUCGUGGAAAUUGAAGCAACCUUUAUCUUAAUCGGAAGUAUCAUGCAGUAGGAGGAGAAAAAUUGACAUUGCCUGGCCUGGAUAAGUUGGAGACAUUGGAAGGAUUUGCAUGUGAACACAUGGAAAUUUCAGAUCUUUAUAUCAUGAAAAAUCUGCGAUAUCAUGCAAAAGUUAAUGGAAACGAGAGCAUCUCCAAGAUGAUCAACUACAUUGAGGCUGCUAAAGACUUACGUGUCCAUCUAAGUUCAGACGCAGGCUGCGAAAUUGGGGAUGAUCCAAUGGAAGCUCUGGAGAGGCUUCCCAAUCUAAGAAUAUUGAAGCUGGGAAUGCUGUCCUUUGUUGGAAAAAACAUAAUGGUUUGUCAUGCCAGUGGCUUCCCUCAACUCGGGCAUCUUUUCAUUGACAAUAUGCCUUACUUAGAAAACUGGACGGUGGAAGAAGGAGCCAUGCCACAUCUUUCUACUCUAACCAUUUGGGAUUGCAACAAGUUGUUGAGUUGGAUAGGUUAUGUGCCAAUUAGUGUUUAAUGAAUAUGUUUAUUCCGUUAUUGAUCCCUCAAAACCUAAAUCAAUUCCAAAACUUGGCCUUGAUGCCUUUUAUAGAUGAAAUAAUAUGUUAGUUCUUCUA